AUGGCACCUUAUCUUUAUGGUUUUUGUAGACUUGUGUUUGGAACAUUAUAUCCAGCUUAUGCCUCAUACAAAGCCGUCAGAACGAAGAAUGUUAAAGAAUAUGUAAAAUGGAUGAUGUAUUGGAUUGUAUUUGCCUUAUUUUUAUGUGUAGAAACUUUCUCUGAUGUAUUUAUAUCAUGGUUACCUUUUUAUUAUGAAGUAAAAAUAGUUUUUGUGUUAUGGUUGCUGUCUCCCAUUACAAAAGGCUCUAGUUUUCUAUUUAAAAAAUUUGUCCAUCCACAAUUAGCUAAAAGAGAAAAGGAUAUAGAUGAAAUGAUAAUACAAGCCAGUAAACAAGGCUACUCUACCUUAGUUAAAUUAAGUAGUAGGGGUAUUUCCUAUGCAACAAAUGUUUUUAUGAAAACUGCAUUGACAGUAAGUUCAGUUAUUUAUAUUUUCAACCUUGAUAUUAUUUAA